AUGGCACACCCUGUAGGAUCGUCGUCCCACCCCGUCCAGAUCCCUGCGUUGGAGAGCCCGCAUGCGGCUGAUACGCCGGCUGCUGCUGCUGCACCCAAUGCUGAAAAGAAACCAAAGGAGAAAAAACCAAAGGUUGCGAAUGCUGCAACUGGAUACCCCCUAGAGCUUCAACCCCGUCCAGAGUUCUUCGAUCAUCGUAUCAAGAUGUUCGAAGAGCUCAAGGCUGAAUACGAUGCGUUUGUCGCUGCGCAGCCUAGAGAAGAGAUCACCGUCACUAUGCCGGAUGGAUCGGAGAGAAAGGCGACGAGCUGGGAGACAAGCCCAAUGGACGUCGCGAAAGAGGUCUCGAAGAGCUUGUCAGAGCGCAUUGUCAUUGCCAAAGUUGAUGGCACGCUCUGGGACUUGGAACGACCCCUUGAAAAGUCGUGUAAACUCGAGUUGUUGGACUUUGAGCAUCCUGAAGGAAAGAAGGUCUUCUGGCACUCGUCUGCACAUGUCCUUGGUGAAGCUGCUGAGCGUCACUACGGCUGCCACCUUUGCCUAGGGCCCCCUACGGACGAUGGUUUCUUCUAUGAGAUGGCCAUCAACGACCGACCUGUCAGCAAUGCCGACUAUCCCGCUCUUGAGAAGGUUUCUGAGAGCGCGAUCAAGGAUAAGCAGAAAUUCGAGAGACUUGUCGUGUCAAAGGAAAAGCUUUUGGAGAUGUUCCACUACAACAAAUACAAAAAGUAUCUUAUCGAGACUAAAGUCCCUGACGGCACCUCGACGACUGUAUACCGAUGCGGCCCUAUGAUUGAUCUUUGCGUUGGACCUCAUAUUCCUCACACUGGCAAGAUCAAGGCAUUCAUGGUCACCAAGAACUCGGCCUCGUAUUUCUUGGGAGACAACACCAACGAUUCUCUGCAACGAAUUUACGGAAUCUCUUUCCCUGACAAGAAGCAGCUUGCGGACUACAAGGCUUUCCUCGCUGAGGCUGCUAAGCGCGACCAUCGCAAGAUUGGAAAGGACCAGGAACUGUUCUUCUUCAAUGACUUGAGCCCUGGAAGUUGUUUCUUCCUGCCACAUGGAACGCGCAUAUAUAACUCCUUGGUCGAGCUCAUGCGACAAGAAUAUUUCAAACGCGGAUACCAGGAGGUCAUCUCUCCGAACAUGUACAACAGCAAGCUGUGGGAGACCUCGGGACACUGGCAGAACUAUAAGGACGACAUGUUCGUGCUGGACGUCGAGAAGGAGAAAUGGGCUCUCAAGCCUAUGAACUGCCCCGGGCAUUGUCUGAUCUUCGACUCCCGAGACCGAAGCUACAAAGAACUGCCGAUCCGGAUGGCAGAGUUCGGAAUCAUCCACAGGAACGAAGCGAGCGGCGCGUUGACCGGCUUGACGCGCGUUCGGAGGUUCGUGCAGGACGACACGCAUGUAUUCUGCAUGCCCUCGCAGCUUGAAGAUGAGAUUAGCGCGUUGUUCGAUUUCAUGCAGCACAUCUAUGGUCUUUUCGGAUUCGAGUUCCAUCUCGAACUGUCUACGCGUCCCGAUAACUAUCUAGGCGAGAUUGAGACCUGGAACGUUGCCGAGGAACAAUUGACGCAAGCGCUCAACAAGCACUAUCCCGGAAAAUGGGAGAUCAACCCAGGCGAUGGCGCGUUCUACGGCCCCAAGAUCGAUAUCACGAUCCGCGACGCGCUCCGCCGCUCCUUCCAGUGCGCGACGAUCCAGCUCGACUUCCAGCUGCCUGAGCGCUUCAACCUGCGCUACCGCUCCGCCGACGAGUCGGUCAUGCCCCGCCCCGUCAUCAUCCACCGCGCGAUUCUCGGCAGUCUGGAAAGGUUUAUUGCUAUCAUUACAGAACACUUUGCGGGCAAAUGGCCUUUCUGGCUAUCGCCUAGACAGAUCUUGGUGAUCCCUGUUGCUGCCCCCUAUAAAGACUACGCAGCGGAAAUCACAAACCGUCUUACGUCGCUGGGCCUGUAUGCUGAUGUAGAUAACGGCGAAAACACACUGCCCAAGAAGAUUCGAAACGGCGAGAUCGCGCAGUACAACUUCAUCCUGGUCGUUGGCCAAGAGGAGCUCGAUGCCCGCUCAGUAAACGUGCGAAAUCGCGACGACGUCGGUACCAAGGCGAAGGGUGAGAUGGUCUCCCUUGAGACUGUCAUCGAGCAAUUUGUUGCGUUAAAGAAAUCACGCAGCCUCGAGAACAAACUUCUGUAA